CCUGUCACGUGACCGGCGGCACUGCUUGCCCCACGGGGUCACAUGAGCCGCUCGGAGCCCGAUGCGGAUCCUCCAGCGGCCGCUGCCCCAGCCGAGCGUCCCCGGCCCGGCCGCAUGGCCAACGUCGCCAAGAAGGUGUCCUGGUCCGGCCGGGACCGCGACGAGGAGGACGAGCCCCCUGCCGCUGGGGAGGCCACCCCGCUGCUGAACGGCGCGGGCCCGGGGGCGACGGGCGGCCCCCCGCACUCCCGGCCGUUCACCCAUUCCCCCUUUCUACGCCUUGGGCAGCUGAGCAGUGUGGAUCUCAACGACGAUGUACGUGAAUUGGAAACGGAGGCCCCUAACCAGUUUCCCAGUGAGAUUCCUCACAAUGAGAAGCUGCUCUCGCUCAAGUAUGAGAGCCUGGACUACGACAACUGUGAAAACCAGCUGUUCUUGGAGGAGGAGAGGCGGAUCAACCACACGGCGUUCCGAACAGUGGAGAUCAAGCGCUGGGUCAUCUGUGCCAUGAUCGGGAUUCUCACCGGCCUCGUCGCCUGCUUCAUCGACAUCGUGGUGGAGAAGCUGGCGGGGCUGAAGUUCAGAGUGGUGAAAGACAAUAUUGACAAGUUCACUGAGAAGGGAGGGCUGUCCUUCUCCCUGUUACUUUGGGCCAUUCUGAACUCAAGCGUGGUGAUGGUUGGAUCCAUUAUUGUUGCUUUCAUAGAACCUGUAGCCGCUGGCAGCGGGAUUCCUCAGAUUAAAUGCUACCUCAAUGGCGUGAAGGUUCCUCAUGUCGUCCGCCUCAAGACCUUGCUGAUCAAAGUCUGCGGGGUCAUUCUGUCGGUGGUCGGAGGCCUGGCUGUCGGGAAGGAAGGGCCAAUGAUUCAUUCUGGAGCGGUCAUUGCAGCUGGGAUCUCGCAAGGAAGGUCGACUUCUUUGAAGCGAGACUUUAAGAUCUUUGAGUACUUCCGCAGAGACACGGAGAAAAGGGACUUCGUCUCUGCCGGAGCAGCUGCUGGCGUCUCGGCCGCUUUUGGCGCCCCAGUUGGGGGAGUUCUCUUCAGCUUGGAAGAAGGUGCCUCCUUCUGGAAUCAGUUCCUGACAUGGCGAAUCUUCUUUGCCUCCAUGAUCUCUACAUUCACGCUAAACUCCAUCCUGAGCUUUUACCAUGGGAACCCUUGGGACCUCUCCAGCCCGGGUCUCAUCAACUUUGGAAGGUUCGACAGCGAGAAACUGGGAUACACGUUCCAGGAAAUUCCGAUCUUCAUCGUUAUGGGAGUGGUUGGUGGAGUUCUCGGCGCGAUAUUCAAUGCCUUGAAUUACUGGUUAACCAUGUUUCGAAUCAGGUACAUCCAUCGCCCAUGCCUGCAGGUGAUUGAGGCCAUGCUGGUGGCGGCUGUGACGGCAGCUGUGGGUUUUGUGAUGAUCUACUGCUCUAGCGACUGCCAGCCCCUCCAAGCGGAUUCUGUGACCUAUCCCCUGCAGCUGUUCUGUGCGGAUGGAGAAUAUAACUCGAUGGCCACCACCUUCUUCAACACGCCUGAGAAGAGUGUCGUCAGCCUCUUUCACAACCCUCCAGGUUCUUACAAUCCCAUGACCCUUGGGAUGUUCACCCUGAUGUAUUUCUUUCUGGCCUGUUGGACCUAUGGGCUCACCGUGUCGGCAGGUGUCUUCAUCCCUUCCCUGCUGAUUGGAGCUGCCUGGGGACGACUCUUUGGCAUAUCGUUGGUCUACUUGACCAGUGGAGCGAUCUGGGCCGACCCAGGGAAGUACGCGCUGAUGGGGGCCGCAGCACAGCUGGGUGGGAUAGUGAGAAUGACCCUGAGCCUGACCGUCAUCAUGAUGGAAGCAACGGGCAAUGUCACCUACGGAUUCCCCAUCAUGUUGGUGCUGAUGACGGCUAAGAUCGUGGGCGACUACUUCGUGGAGGGUCUGUAUGACAUGCACAUCCAGCUGCAGAGCGUUCCUUUCCUGCACUGGGAGGCUCCAGUGACGUCUCACUCCCUCACGGCCAGGGAGGUGAUGAGCGCGCCCGUGACCUGCCUCAGGAGGAUUGAGAAGGUGGGGACGGUCGUGGACAUCCUCAGCGACGUGUCGUCCAACCACAACGGCUUUCCCGUGGUGGAGAGCAGCCCGGACCCCACGCAGGUGGCGGGACUGCGAGGCCUGAUCCUGCGCUCCCAGCUGAUUGUUCUCCUAAAGCACAAGGUCUUUGUAGAAAGAGCCAACUCGAACCUGGUUCAGAGGCGGCUGAAGCUGAAGGAUUUCCGGGACGCCUACCCCCGCUUCCCCCCCAUCCAGUCCAUUCACGUCUCCCAGGACGAGCGCGAGUGCAUGAUGGACCUGAGCGAGUUCAUGAACCCGUCACCCUACACGGUGCCCCAGGAGGCGUCUCUGCCGAGGGUCUUCAAGCUGUUCCGGGCCCUGGGCCUGCGGCACUUGGUGGUGGUGGAUAAUCACAAUGAGGUGGUCGGGCUGGUGACCAGGAAGGAUCUGGCGAGAUACCGACUAGGAAAGGAAGGGCUGGAGGAGCUGUCCCUGGCGCAGACAUGAUGCCCCUGGGGUGGUUGCUUUGCCGUGGUGAGCCCCGUUCCCCUGGAGGCGUCGGCAGGGAGCUGGUCCCCGCAGGCUGCCGCGCCACCCGGUGCGUUCAGCACGAACGCCCAGCCCCGAUUGUGCGUCUUGUCUGUCGCCGUGUUCCCGUUUUACUGGCUGCCUGUCCCUUAUGUCGGCUGGGCGUCACUGCAGUCUACUGUCCUGUCACCCGAGGGAGCAGUUGCUGGGCAGGUUCCUGGUUUCUCCCCUCUGCGCGCUGGGCCCUUGGAACAGCUUUGAGGCUAGAGAGCGCUGGGGUGGGGAAGCCGAGCCCAGUGCCCGGCAGGAGCGCGAGCGUGCUACGAAACUGGGCAGCAGACGUCCCACUGCUAAUCCCCGGCCAGUGCAUUCCAAGCCAGAGCCGCCUCUGCACCCCACGCCGCCUCCUGGAAUAUGUGCUCUGGACUUCAGGAACCAGAAUCGUGUGGAUCUGACCCAGUCUGCAGCCACCAUUGACCAAUGUCCAUCCCGCCUGGGCCUCCUGUGCACCAAACCCUUUACCCAGGACACAGGCAUGGAAGCUGGCAGGGCCUGGUCCAGUAUCUUCUAGCAGGGACCUUGCCAAGCAAAGGCCCCCUGGAUCCGCUGGGCCAGCGUCUCGGGACCAGUGUCUUAACGCUACCCACAGCUGAGGUGGCGUUUAACCCUGCAUGCGAAGGGAGCAACAUACCCCAAUUCCACAGCCCCAGCCUUGCAGCUCGGCGGGUCUCCGAUGACAUGGACACACACAGACAACCAAGUAAAUGGGCUGCUAGGGUCUGGGUGCGGCUGGCUUGCUGCUCGCUGUUGCUGGACCAGUCUCUGCCACGGGUUGCAGCCAGGCCCCGCUUUGGCAGUGACAUGUCUGGGCCUGUCUGAGACCCUGGGCCAGCCCAGGGGCAUGGCCCCUCCUGGCACUCCCUGUGCUGUGCAUCUCUGACAUGGCGCAGCCUCCCUCCCCUCCCCUCCCCCACGCCGCCGUGUCUCUCCCAGGCAGGGUUCACCCUGGGCCCCUCCUGGGGAGGCCAAUUGGCUUGGGGCCAGGGCUUGUUUGGAUGCAGGCAUUUGGUGAAGGAGUCUCCCAGGGGCGUGUGCGCCAAGUGGGCGUUGGCACUGCAGUUCUGUAGGAAGGUACCCGGUGUUGAGUGCUGCCCAGCUGUGGGGCCGGGCAGGGUUGGACCUCAUGCUGAGGAAGGGAGGUUGCUCUCCGUAGAGCGCAGUGGUUAUCAAAGGCCUUGUGCAACGACCGCCGUGGCCUCGAGCCACAUCACUGCUGGAUCCUCUCCCUCCAGUGCCAGGCACACCACGCCUGGGGCAUCAGGACAGUUUGCAGGCAGCCAGUUCCAAGCGUCCAUGUGACUGCUAAUGGGAAGUGCCCUCAGGGUGCCCUCUUGGCCCAUUCCUGGAGAGCAGCCGUCUCAGCAGAGCAGGGCUGCCCCCUCUGUCCAGUCUGCGCUGCCUUCCCCGGUCGCUGGGCAUCCUGUUCCUGGCUUCCUUUAGGCGGUUGGGACGAAAGGAAGAGGGAUCUGCCUUAUGAGCAUUAAUGGGAUGAAGUGAUGCUAUGUGGGAUGCUGAAGUGGAGCAUUUACAAACGAUCCCCUGCUCCAGGAGGGGGGUUCGCCCCGGUCAGGCAGCCUCUGUCCCUAGCUCCUGUCCGUUCUGCCCGCUCUCCUGGGCUCCACUCAAUGAUGGCAGCACAGGGUGGGUGCCCGAGGUGCAGCUCAUGCUCCUGGCGAGAGGGUGGUGGGGCCGAAAUGCACGAAGAUCGUAAGAAAUAAAAUCACUGGAACCAAACCGCUGCUGCCAGAUCUGCUUUUCCAUCUGCGCCCUGUCCCGGCCACACCGCUCCUGGGCAGCCCGGUGAGAUCCAACCGGGUCAGGCCGGGGCAGGGAGCAGUGUCUGGUUCCGGGGGUAGACUCUGGAAGGAAGAAAUGGCUCUGCAUGACUGGGGCUUAGAGUGAAGUCAUCCGCACCUCCACCUCGCAGAGCUCAGCUCCUACCCAAUAAGGAUGCCUUGUGCCUGGGGGGAAAGGCCGGGCCAGUGCGUGCGGAGCCGGGGCUGGCAAAUCGGCACACCUGAGCUUGCCGCAUGGCAGUCCCAGCCUCAUGCAAAGCCUUUACAAAUCAGGGUGCAAAAGUCUGUCCUCAAAUCACGGCCGCUCUCAGUGUGAAGCCAUAAGUGAAAGAUGCUGCUGGCGCUAGUUCCCAGAGGGGACAGGGAACGUGACAGCUGAAAGCUCUGGGGCACCAGCUCAUGCUGCCCUGAGAGCCAGCUGCAGGUGGUGAGGAGACAAUGGGACUGCCAGAUGCCAUCCUUGCCGGCUUGGAGGUGGCAGGGGCUGCCUGCUGCACCUGAAGGUCAGCCAUUGCUCUAGCCUGCGGGUUCCUGGAGCAGCCUUGGGAGAGGAGAUUUUGGGCCUCUGGUCAGUGCAAGCCUUGUUCCUGCGUCCCCUUCCACGGGCCCUGCUCCCCUGCAGGCACAGUCCCAGGCCUAGGACUUCACCCGCUGCUAGAAAUGAGCUAGUGACCAGCCACUUGCAGCCAUUGUAAAGCUGGGCUCCCCUGGCAGAAGGCCGCGCCUCCCUGGUAACGUACAGACUAUUCAUCUGUCAGCAUGUCAUGCUGGAGUCUGAAAUACCAGCCCCACUGUGCUUCCCCGUGUCCCAGUUACUCUGGGCUGGAGCGGUUUGUUCAUGAGUAGCUUGCAGGUUGCAGCUAAGGGCUAGGUCAUCACCAGGUGCGUGGAUGUGGGGCUAGAGAUUUUACACACCCGUGUCUAGCAAAGGGCUAAGAUCAGCCUCCCCAGAGCCCUUGGAAACAAGUUAGGAUCUUUCCAACCAAGAGAACUUGCCCCCUCCAGGUCAAGUGGAUUCCAGCAUCUCCUCGGAGAGCUGCUCCAAACACCCAGGGCUCGAUCCUACUCGCGUUGUAGAUGCAGACCUCGCACAAUCAGCUAGUGCAUGUAAAUGUGCCUGCUCGGGCAAGCGUGUUCUUGUACCUCUGGGGCAGGAUGGGGUUCUGAAGGGGGGCAUGCAGGGCAAUGGAUGCCCUCCCUCUGGGACUCAAACAAUGCAUUCACAGAGCAGGCCACCAUCUCUGCCUCUCCUCUCACCUCAUCGGGCCUUGGUAACUGAAUUUGUAAAAGGAGCAGUUGCAAACCCCAAGUGUCUAUUUUGGAAGCCUUGAGAUUUUCUAUGGGGAGAUGAUCCAUGGGAGAUAUUUUUGUGCUGAAAUAAAAGCUGUUUAUACUUUUA